GCGGUGCGUUCGCUGACAGUCGGACUUCCGACGCCAAACGGCAUUCUUGUUCGCUGCUUUGACUCGAGAGUCUUUCAAUUCCGAUGCCAACUGAACGCACCUAAGAGGAACAUCAUCCUGCCUUGCCUGGGUCGGAACACCGGAGCUCGGGGGCUUGCCGGCGCGGGUCGGACACUGUGACCGGGCCGCCGAAGUCAUGUCUGCGCCGGGCUUCAACAACGUCAACGGCGCCUUCGACCACAGCCAGAAGCCGACGCCGAAUGGUGGAGCUGCUGCCCACCGCCAGAAGGGUAAAAGUCCAGUUCAGAACUACACGGCCACAUAUUCAAACACGGCAUACUAUGGCUCCCCCCCUCAGCAACAGGGCUACUCCAUCAUCCCUUCAGACUUACCAAGCAAAGCCCCCGUCACGAACAAUGCCCACAGUGCUAAUUACUACUACCAGAACCACCAUCAGCAGCACCAUGUAGCGCCCCGCUCCAGCGCCGCCGCCAUGCACUCCUUGGCGCCCGUCGCCCACUACGCCCCGCCGCCAUUCCAGCAGCACCAUCCGCCCUACUCCACUCCAGGUAGCUACUAUGGACAGCCUUCAUACCACGCGCCCCCAGCUCAGAGCCAGCAGCAGCAGCCCACGUUGUUACCGGCCCCACCUAGCGGACCCGGGGCUCCCACCUACCCCAUUGUUUCCUACCCGUCCGCGGCAGGUACGAGCCAGUACGGGACUCUCACCUCCACGCAGACCGCCGCCACGCCCGGGCUGACGCAGUACGGCGGCCCCCUGCAGGGAUCCACACCAGCAGCAUUGCAUCCUGGGUACAGCAUAGGCCCUCCUACACUUAAUGGUCAAGGAAGCACAGCCCACCAACACUACGACCACCAGGCCUCUCCCAACUACAAUUCCUUUGGCGUGAGUGCGAACGGAGAGCGACCGCCUUCAGGAACCCCCUCAACGUCAGUCCAUUCUUCACCUGGCCACAAUCAAGCAGGCGCCCAAUAUGGAUAUGUUGCUAAUAGUGGGGCUAGCUCCGCCUCUGCCGCCGCCUCAGGUCCGGCCACGGGCCCCUCGUCCUCCAGCUCAGACGAUGAGGAUGACGACGAUGAGGAUGAUGAUGAGGAUGAGGAAGCAGGCGGCGACACAUCAUCUUCCACCACUGGCAGCGCGUCUCCGGUGCCCAACAGCUACGAUUCCCUGGAAGGAGGCAACUAUCCAGAUUCCAUGCCACCUUCCGCCAACAUGACCAGUCAAACCCCACCCUACAGUAGUUACGGUUACCCCUGCAUGCAGCCAGCCUAUCGGCAGGGACCCACCUCGCUGACAAACCCGCCGCCAUCUUCUCAAGACCUGCUUGGCCCAUCAGGCUACCAGCCGUACUCCCAGCCCUUCCCAAGCCUCUCCCAGCUUUCUGCGGCCCUGGGAGGGCUAAGCGGGGUCCCGGAGUUGGAAGUGGAAGCCCUCAGCCCGCUCAACCUGUUACAGGAGAAGAACUUGCUGCCUCCAAGGCCCCUGGAAGCACCUGAACCCAACCUGAGCUCUGAGCUGAGGAAGGUCAACUGCAGCCCACAGACAAUCAGAUGCACCCUAACCAGCGUCCCUCAAACUCAGGCUCUUCUCAACAAGGCCAGACUCCCACUCGGCCUCCUCCUUCACCCCUUCAGAGAUCUACAGCAAUUACCGGUCAUCACGUCCAACACCAUAGUGCGCUGUCGCUCCUGCCGCACCUACAUCAACCCCUUUGUCACCUUCCUGGACCAGCGCCGGUGGAAGUGUAACCUCUGCUAUGGGGUCAAUGAUGUACCGGAUGAGUUCAUGUACAACCCGGUCACGCGGUCAUACGGCGAACCCCACAAGAGACCAGAGGUCCAAAACGCCACCGUGGAGUUCAUCGCUUCUUCAGACUACAUGUUGCGGCCCCCUCAGCCGGCCGUCUACCUUUUCGUGAUGGACGUCUCCCACAACGCCGUAGAGUCUGGCUACCUGAAGUAUUUCUGCGACUCGCUCCUGGAGAACCUGGAUAAGUUGCCCGGAGACUCCCGCACCAGGUUGGGCUUCCUCACGUUUGACAGCACCGUGCACUUCUACAACCUCCAGGAGGGGCUGUCGCAGCCACAGAUGCUGGUGGUGACAGAUAUAGACGAUGUCUUCAUACCAUCUCAUGACAGUCUAAUGGUGAACUGGAAAGAGAGUGAAGAGCUAGUAAAGGACUUGCUGACCUCCCUGCCCGCCAUGUUCAGCCAGAGCAAGGAGAGGCACAGCGCGCUCGGCCCCGCUUUACAGGCCGCCUACAAACUCAUGUCGUCCACCGGGGGGCGUGUCAGUGUGUUUCAGACACAGCUGCCCACGCUGGGCGCCGGUUCGCUGCAGUCCAGAGAGGACCCCAGCCAGCGGUCCAAAGCCAAGGGAGUGCAGCACCUUGGCCCUGCCACAGACUUUUAUAAGAAAUUUGCACUGGACUGCUCAGGGCAGCAAAUCGGGGUUGAUCUUUUCCUUCUCAACUCUCAGUACUCUGACCUCGCCUCGCUGGCUUGUAUAUCCAAAUACUCUGCCGGCAGCAUCUUCUACUACCCCUCCUUCCAUCACAUCCACAAUCCAGCUCAGCUGGAGAAGUUCCAGAAGGAUCUGGAGCGCUACCUCGCCAGGAAGAUGGGCUUCGAGGCAGUAAUGAGAAUACGAUGCACUAAAGGUUUAUCCAUCCACACCUUCCACGGUAACUUCUUUGUACGCUCCACCGACCUGCUGUCCCUUGCUAACGUAAACCCGGACUCGGCCUUCGCUGUCCAAAUGUCAAUCGACGACACUCUGGUGGACUCUUCUCUGGCGUGCUUCCAGGCAGCGCUCCUCUACACCUCUUGUAAAGGAAAGAGGCGUAUCCGCGUCCACACCCUUUGUCUGCCUGUGGUCAACCAGCUGAGUGACGUGUACGCUGGUGCCGACGUCCAGGCCAUUACUUGUCUGCUCGCCAACAUGGCAAUCGACCGCUCCAUAUCAUCCAGCCUUUCUGACGCCCGUGACGCCCUGUUGAACGCGGCGGUGGACUUUGUGAGCGCCUACAAGAGCAACGUAUCCAACCUGCAGCAGUCCGGCCUGGUGGUGCCCGCCGUCAUGCGCCUUUUCCCUCUCUACAUCCUGUCUCUGCUCAAACAGAAAGCGUUUCGGACGGGGACGAGCACGCGCCUGGACGAACGCGUCUUCGCCAUGUGCGAGUUCAAGACGCAGCCGCUGCAGCAGCUGAUGCGGAUGGUUCACCCCGACCUCUACCGCCUGGACAACAUGACUGACCAGGGGGCGCUCCACCUCAACGAUGCACUGGUCCCGCAACCUCCUCUCCUCCACUUGUCUGCAGAGAGGCUGAGCCGAGAUGGAGCAUUCCUCAUGGACUGCGGCAGCGUGUUUUACCUGUGGGUUGGCAAAUGCUGCAAUGAGAUGUUCAUCCGAGACGUUCUGGACUACCCCAACUACGCGUCAAUCCCCCCCAACAUGAGUUGCAUUCCUGAGUUGCAAACGCCGCUGUCGGAAAGGCUGAGAGCGUUCCUGGACUGGCUGCAGGACAACCGAGCGUUCAGUUCUAUCGUGCAUGUACUCAAGGAUGACACCUCUGCCAACGCGACCUUCUUCCAGCACUUGGUGGAAGAUCGGUCUGAGUCGGGGUCGUCCUACUGUGAGUUCUUGCAGCACAUCCAGCAGCAGGUGUCCUCAUAGGCUACCAUCUUUCUGGAUGGUAAGCAGGAACACUAGCCGUUUUUUUUUUUUUUUUUUUAAGUCUGGCUCUGAUUGGACCAAGCGGGGUCGAGAAACGAUGAAGGAACCUCCACCGCUGACUCGUAGCUUUUCCACUAAUUGCUCAUGUGGGACUAGAAGGGAAAAUUGAGCCAAGAAGAUGCCACUUUUGUCGUGAGGCUCCCUCGUAGCGCUUUAGUGCUGUCUUCUUUUUUAUUUUUAUUCUUUUUCAUUUUAAAAGAUUUUACUAAGAAGAAGACUGAACACACUGGAGAGGAGCAGAUUUUCACUGGCAUGCGCUCUUGAAGAACCAUGGUUGUUUCGAUUGCCAGCAAUGGGACCUUGACCCUCAUUCGCUCCCUAAUUCUGACCAAUCACGGAACAAAACCCUGCCCCUUUGUUUUUGUUUUCUUCCGAGACGCUAUAAAUGUAUGCUAUCCUCUUUGUAACUACUGAAAAGAAUCUUUUAUGUGCGAUAAUUUAUGAAGCAGCUUAAUAAAUAAGAAGGACAAACCAAA